ACAACACAGCUGUAAGAAGUCCAAAUAUUAUAGAAAGAGAAUACAUCGGGGACGCAAUAGUUCAAUCCACAUAUCCCAUCUCGCACUGUUUCCCAUCGACGCCCUUUCAUCGAUAUUGAAGAAUGCUCCUACCGAUAGUUCUCCCCCUUCUCCUCCCCGCCACUGCCCUCUCAUCUUCCACUCCUCCACCACAACCCUACUCAACCUGGCUCGCUACCUCGUUCCUCAGCAAAUCCCCACCGAUUGACAGAUACUACGUCUCCGCCGUGCUUCACCAAGGCCUCCACGCCGCAGGCACCCAGCACAACAACACCGCCCUCCUAACCCACGUCUCCACUGCCCUCUCCUCCCUCGUCUCCACCAACGGCAUAGUGAUAGGAUGGAAGCCAACCUACUACUCCCUCGACGACCUCCGCAUCGGCAACAACCUCCUCACCGCCUACCAGGAAACACCCACCAAAACCCCCGACGCAAACCAGAAAUACAAAACCGCAGCCGAUAACCUCCGCCGCCAACUCGACAGUUACCCCCGCACGCCCCUCGGCGGGUUCUGGCACCGCGACCCGCAGUACAAGAACCAGAUGUGGCUCGACGGCAUAUACAUGGCGAGCGUCUUCUACGCGCGGUGGACGGCGCUGUUCGAUGCCGCGAAUGGGACUGCGUGGGGGGAUGUAGCGCUGCAGUUUGACCUCGUCGAGGCGCACUGUCGGAACGGUACGACGGGGCUUUUGGUGCAUGGGUAUGACGAGAGUAAGAAAGCGGUGUGGGCGGAUAGGAGGACGGGGGCGGCGCCGAAUGUGUGGAUCAGGGCUGUCGGGUGGUAUGCCAUGGCGUUGGUGGAUGUGUUGGAGGUGUUUCCGAGGGAGCUGCCGGCGUAUGCGAAGUUGGUUUCUUAUUUCAAAGAGUUGGCGGAGGCGUUGGUGAGGGCGCAGGAUGGGGAGUCUGGUGGGUGGUGGUUGGUCAUGAAUGAGCCGUAUCCUGGGAAGAAGGGGAAUUAUAUCGAGUCGAGUGGGACGGCCAUGUUUGCGUACGCCAUGCUGAAGGGCGUGAGGAGGGGAUUGUUGGAGGAUGGAGAGAGAUAUAGGGCGGUGGCUGAGAGGGCGUAUGGGUUGUUGGUUGAUAGAUUUCUGAAGAGAGAGGCGAAUGGGACGGUGAGUUGGGAGGGGACGGUUAGGGUGGGGAGUUUGGAUGGCGAUGGAUCGUUUGAGUACUAUACUAGCGUGCCCUUGAGUGAGAAUGACGGGAAGGGAGCUGGACCGUUCAUGUUUGCGAGCGUGGAGAUGGAAAUGUGGAAGGGGUCGAAGAGGUGA